GGCUGAUUGGUCGCUUUCACACGUGGAAACGAAAGUUUGAAUGACAUCGCAAAUAUGGGGCGUGACGCCUAAUUUCAAUGAGACUUGAUUAUUUCGGUCAAUCUCAAUGGAUUCAAUUAUAUUGAACAUGGCAACAACCCUUCCUUGGGUAAGUUCGUUUUGACAUGAGGGCAUACUACUCCGUGAAAGUGGGGUCAAAUACGCGAUACGAGCGAUACGGGAUACGAAGGCUGACUUGAUCAGCCUGUCUAUUUAAUAACAGUGGCUGGUCUCCGGUAUUAUAUUGUCAGUUCGUCAAUAUUAGCAGUCGAAAAUCUUUCGCUAUUUCAAUUGCCCUUCUAGUUCCUCGAUUUCACCAGAGCCAGACGGCCCAACCGUUGGCCUACAUCAUGAUCACCAUCGCUUCCAUUCGACCCCGUGUGUCGACCUUCCGCUCACUUCAAAGACUUUCAACCAUCCAAACCAUCAACAUUUCGUCAAAAUCACCGCUUGAUCAAAGGUGGAUAACAGAGGAGCGCAGAAAAAGCAAGGCUCCGCAAAAUGAGAGUUCAGAACCCAAUCCCUCCUAUCCAGCUUUUAGUCUCAACUCUCUGGGUCUUAGCAAAAGAACCAAGGUAGUCGUAAUGGUAGUUCUGAGCAUCUUUGGUACUAUUGAGACUUGGGUCUGGUGUAAAGCCAUCUGGCAAUGGAGAAAGGGUCGUCAAGAAGCAGAACAGUGACCCUCUUCCGGCCAUGCAUCACAGAUAUCAAACUUUGAUUGCUUCUUCCUUGCCCUAGCCAUAGGCAUGUAUUCAUGCCUAGAUAGGGUUGUGUGCUAUCACUAGCACUAGCUUCCGAGAAUAAACAGUCUGUCAUCCUCGGGAAUGCAUGCAGACGCAUAACCAUUGUUACAAAUAGUACGAAAUUGUUGACGCUCAUUCCCUUGGUUUUACAUAUACUUCCAGAGCCGAAUCUAAGACUGUCAUGUCGAUUUUGUGGACAUGAAGCUGACUGUCAUUGCGUAGACAUCGGGUCUUUUAUCAUUUU